UCUGUGAGAUGUCUUGUCGUGCCUCAGAUCUUAUCAACAUGGGCUGGCCGCAUGCUUUUGUUUAAGUGCUCAAUCUCUCCAUCGCUGAAGUGGUGCUGCGGUUCUGUUGGUCAACUGCGCGUUUGUGUCCUCUCUUCCAGGGCUGGUGAACAGAGGAGAGAGCUCUCAGCAGUCAUCCAGGCCUCUCUGCCCCCCUCUCUGUCUCUCUCUCUUUCUCUCCCUCCCUCUCCUCCCCCUCCCUCCUUCCCUUUCUCCUCCUGCAGACUCUAUUCUUGGUGGUCUGUGACACUCCUCCUGUCCUCCGCCCUGCUUCCCCCUUUCCCUUCACUUCCUCCAUUCCUUCUCAUUCCUCCACCUGCACUCUGUGCCCCUCCCUCCACCGUACUCCAUCUCUCCUCCCCUGUGCAUCCUAAGGUCUUGCUCUGCUUUGCUGAAGUGGCCAUGUGGUCCAACUACUUCAUGCAGCAGGAGGACGACGGGCGCAUGGGCGUGGCGUCGGGCCCGGCGGGCAUCGGCGGCGCCCACUCUGGCGCGGUGGGCGGCGCCCGGAGCGGCAAGCGGCGCCACCCCCGGCUGAGCGACAGCCAGGAGGGCAAGAUCAAGCUGGCCUUCUUCGUGGCGGCGGUGGGCGUGACGCUGUGCGUGCUGGGCGUGGGCACCGAGUUCUGGGUGGAGCUGGCGCAGCCCAAGCACCUGGGCAACAACCGCACGUGCGAGAUGGCGCACUACGGCCUGUGGAAGGGCUGCGUGCGCACCCUCUGGAUCUCCGACAUCGACCCCGAGAGGGAGUCCUGCGGCCCCGCCGAGCUGCCCGGAGAGUCGAACUGCACGUUCUUUAAGUUCUACACCUCUGGAGAGAAUGCAGUCAUUUUUAAGAAGACGACGGAUAAGAGUCUGAGUGUGGCCUCGGGCAUGCUGGCCCUCAUCAGCCUCACGCUCAUGGUCAUGGGGGCCAUCUGCAUCGUCAUGGCCCUCAGUAAAGGCGUGAUCUUCUUCCUCAAGCCAGCGUCCUUCUGCUUCUCUGUCUCAGGUAUUCUGGUCCUCCUGUCCAUCGUGGUGUUCCACCAGUCUGUGCUGGCGCUGCUGGCCAGCGAUCACACCAUCCCCCUGCACCACGAGAUGGCCUGGUCCGUGUCAUGUGUGGCCGUCGCGGGGGUCAUUCUCCUCCUGGCCGGGGCUCUGUUCCUCUUGCUGGCCCUGCCAUACAGCCCCUGGGAGAAAUGUCUCCCACACCACAGUAGUAGUGACACCUAACUGCCAGGAGGACCAACUGCACGAUGCUUCAGGAUUUAAAAAAAAGAAGAAGAAGAACUGAAAGGUGUUUUGAGGAUUUUCAAAAAGAAUACGUUUUUUUACAGUAUGAUUUUGUAGAUGGACAAUAGUUUGAUGAGUGUUAUAAUGUUUACUACAAACAAGAAAUAUUUUUUGAACCUUCAACUUCAUAACCUUCUAAGUGCACUUAAAGGAACACAACAACAUUUUGGAAGUAUGUUACACCAUUCUCCCUAUAGCUCUCUUUUAGCUAUAUGCUAGCUAUAGGCUAACUGAUGGAACCCAUUUCCAGGUUAAUUAUUCAAUUACACUAUAAGCUAGGCUAAUGUUGUCAGAAUGGAUUAUUGCACACACAGAGAAGAGAGGGGCGUAUUCUCUUUUCUAACUCUGGGGCAAACAAACUAGUCUCCCAAAAAGUUGGCCUGUUCCUUUAACCUUCACAGCAUAGAUAGGGGUUCACCGUGACCUUUGGCAGGAGGGUGCACUCAUGCCAUGUUACCUGCUCAGAGCCGAGCUGAGCAGCCUAGCUGAGGGGACGCUUCGCCUGGAUGACCACAGGGCAUCCUCACGGAGGGGCAGGAGUGUGUCAACGCCAGGCCACAGCACAGCACACACAUGGACCGAGUGCUGGAGCACAACCAUCAUGUCUAUGUGGCUCUGUGUGCUGAAGCAAUGAGCCAGAAACUCUGGACCAUGAGCAGUUCAAACAGCUCUCUCUCUCUCUCUCUCCCUCUCCCUGGGACCUCUGGCCCUGCCCUCCUCUCAGCCUCGGCGUGAUGCUGCCACACUGUGUGCUGUAGACCCACAGCUUUUGUUGGUUUAGGUAGAAGGUUUAGCUUUUUAGUUUUUAUAUUCAAACACCUGUGAUUCUCUGUCAAGUGCUCUUGUUAGAGAGACUGUGAUUGUCUUAAAUCUGGCCGAUGCUGUCAUUUAGUGGACUGGCUCACUGUGGGGUUUGAAAGGAUUCGGAGAUGAAAGGGGCAGACCGUCUCUUUCCAGGAACUGGUUUACCACUAGCUAUCCCUGCACUAUGCUGGAUAUGUUGCGCUGCUAACAGGACACACUGCUAAACAUAUGCAUCAGAUAUGCAGAGGGCUACACCGAAGCAUUAUCACAACAAUGAAUUAUUGAAGCCUUUUACAAUUUAUAUUUGUUAUAUAUUAAUAGAUGUAUUAUAUAUUAUGUAUGCAGGUGGAUAUGAGUGGUGUGUGUGAGUAUAUGUGUGUCUGUGUGUGUGUGUGUGUAUGUGUGGAUACAUGUGUUUGUUAUGCAUUUAUAUACGGUUGUGUGUUGUACAUAUACACUCUGCGAAUGAAACUGUAAAUAUAAAACAUGUUUUUCUCCUUUUUGAGGUGCAGGAAAAAUAUGGUCACACAACCACAGUUGCUGAAGAUCAUGUCUCAAUCGUCUCUUGUCCUUUUUAGAGUGAUGGUCCAUUGCUUCUUUUUCCUUGUGUGUGUGUGUGUGUGUGUGUGUGUGUGUGUGUGAGAGAGUGUUUCUCCUCAGACUGUGCCCCUACUGUGUGUCUCUCGCAACACAGACACAUCUAGGCCUUCCCUUAAAUGUGUCUGUUUCUUGGCUCUCGCAUAAAACAUUAAAACCUAUUU